GUGCAAGCAAUUCAAGGUAUAGAGCUGAACGUUGAAUUGCCUAAAGUUCGAGCCGGUGGUCUUCUUUGGCAGAUCCUAAAUCGUAUGGACACGAAGGUAAAAUGCUUAAAUAGUGUGACUGAUAAGAAAACGAAGGAAUGUAAAUAUCUGGACACGUUGAAAUACUACGCAUACUCUGUGGCAGGGAAUAUGUUUGAUGCGUUUAUGGCGACGGCUCAUCUGGAAACUCCAUCAGCCCAAAAUCGGACAUCAGAUGCAUCGGCAAUUCUGUUUGAGUUUUGGACUACGGCCGAGGGUGUCAACGCGAUCAAGGUUUUCUAUGUGGAUUGUCCAACAAGCGAUUUCAAAUCAUUGAAUCCGCAAAUUUGCAAUGGAACAGCAAAGGAUUUUUGUGUGCUGGAUGAAUUCAAAAAGAAAAUGCAACCGUAUAAUCCGGGAGACAUUGACGCUUUAUGUUCACAAGUACCGUCAUCCUAUCAAAAUACAGAAUCUCAGUCUGUUCGAGCAUCGGAACAAAAAAUUCAGUCGUGGACUAUUGACAAACAACAAGAGGAACUCGACUCGACAGCAGCAGAUGCCGCCGGAAGAAAACGUGAACUGAUAUUUGUGCAUGCGGUACACAACAUUUUUCAACGCUUCUCUUUGAUUUUUGAUGAAACAGUUUCCAUAAAUUUAAGUUGCUUCAAAUGA